ACCGGGCAGCUUUCACCAUGCAUCAAUCCCUGACUCAGCAGCGGUCCAGUGACAUGUCCCUGCCUGAUUCCAUGGGAGCCUUCAAUCGGAGGAAACGGAACUCUAUCUAUGUCACUGUGACUUUGCUUAUUGUGUCCGUGUUAAUUCUCACUGUGGGUCUUGCUGCAACCACCAGGACACAGAAUGUGACUGUUGGAGGUUAUUAUCCCGGAGUUAUUCUCGGCUUUGGAUCAUUCCUUGGAAUCAUCGGAUCAAACCUUGUCGAAAACAAACGGCAGAUGCUGGUGGCUUCUAUCGUGUUUAUCAGCUUUGGUGUUAUUGCGGCUUUUUGUUGUGCCAUAGUUGAUGGAGUCUUUGCUGCCAGACACAUUGAUCUAAAGCCACUGUAUGCUAACCGGUGCCACUACGUCCCCAAGACAUCCCAGAAGGAAGCUGAGGAGGUCAUAAGUUCCUCAGCCAAAAAUUCUCCCACCGCGAGAGUUGUGAGGAACCUUACCCAGACAGCUAGAGAGGUGAACUGUCCGCACCUCAGCCGUGGGUUCUGUACGCCUCGCAUUCGGGGCAACACCUGCUUCUGCUGUGACCUUUACAACUGUGGCAACCGGGUGGAGAUCACCGGUGGAUACUAUGAAUAUAUCGAUGUCAGCAGCUGCCAGGACAUCAUCCACCUCUACCACCUGCUCUGGUCUGCCACCAUUCUCAAUAUCGUCGGCCUCUUCCUAGGUAUCAUCACAGCUGCUGUCCUCGGAGGCUUUAAAGACAUGAACCCGACUCUUCCUGCACUGAAUUGUUCUGUUGAAAGUGCCCAUCCUACUGUUUCAUACUAUGCUCGUCCCCAAGUGGCAUCCUACAAUACCUACUACCAUAGUCCUCCUCACCUGCCACCGUAUUCUGCUUAUGACUUCCAGCAUUCCAGCGUCUUUCCAUCCUCUCCUCCUUCUGGACUUUCUGAUGAGCCCCAGUCUGCCUCUCCAUCACCCAGCUACAUGUGGUCCUCAAGUGCGCCACCCCGUUACUCUCCACCCUACUAUCCUCCUUUUGAAAAACCACCACCUUACAGCCCCUAGAGAAGAAUACUGGCUGACUUUGGAGAUUCUCGUGGCUUUGUAUUUCUGCUUUAAUGGAUGGGUGUAGGGUACAGAAUUUAAAGUGUGACUCUUCUGUGUAAAGCUUUACAGAUGGCCUGCCAGGCUAGGGAAAGAUCCAGGAUGAAGCUUCUUCCUUAGCACUGCAGCCUCAAUCACUUCCAGAAGGGCAGCUCACACUGAGCAAGGCUGGGGAGGCCAGCCUAGCACGAAGCUUGUCAAGUCUGAACCUGCCUUACCCUGUGCUCCUCCUCUGUGCUGGGCAAAAGUGUGGUCGCCAUUUGUUUAUGUGAAGGAGUAUUGCCCUCAGGCCCUUGACAGAGUGCCACCCUAGCACCCUGGUGGAAGCACCUGGCUUAAAAGCGCUCUUUCUCUACUACUGAAGUCAGUCCCCAAGGAGUUUCCCAGCUGAGGGGCUACACAGUAGUUCCAAUAGAGUUUUGGCAAAGAAUUGUAUGUGCUUAUGUCUGAAUUUAUUUGGAAAAAAAAGCUGCCUACAUCUUACCCCUUUCUUCUCCGUAUUGUAAAACUGACCCUGUGAUCAUUCAGCUGUUUUUGUUACUGGUACCUGCUGAAGGGAAAAGUACAAUAUUCCCUCAAGUAGAAGAGAACAGAACUAAUUGCUCCAGAAGCAUAGCAACAUGUGAGAUGUUUUAGGCAGAUCUGUCAGAUCUGACAACGUUGGGAGACAUUGGUUAGACUACACGUUGCAUUAUUAGAAAAUUUCCUUCAGGAGAAACAUUGCAGUUGAAAUUCAGUUUUAAAAUGUUAGAUUAGGUUCUUGGAUCGUGAUAUGAAUUGUUACUAACCCUUGUGACUAUUUAAUCUUCACAUAUUGUGCUUCAACCCCAGCAAACUGCACGUAUCUUGCACCUCACCUUAAAAGAAUCAUCUGUGUUUUAAUGCCAUUGCUUUUAUCGGUCCUUUUUUUUUUUUCUGUUGAGGCCAAUCAUAGUGUUCAGUUCAACACUAUGGAAGUAUUAAAAUGUCGCUUCAAGUCUGUAAAAUCUCAAAUGUACCUAACGUGACAAAUUCUUAAGUGUUACCAUAGAUUUUAAAAUCCUUUAGGCACACUGGCCAAUUUUCAAUUUUUAAUUAUACACAGCUUUAAAAACCACCAACUUGAUACAUUUAAAACACUGCAGCACCCAUUCCUCCACUUAAGGAUGAAUACUUUGUGAUCUUACAUUAACCUGAGAAUACAUUUUAAAGGGAGACUGAUCAUCCUGUACUAGUAUAAUGCAAAAUUAUAGCGGAUCCAGGAGGGUACCUAAUUAGACAGUUUUGCAAACACAGAACAAAUACUGGAAAAAUUUCCAGCCAAUUUGCUACCUCCCAACUUGAUGGAUCAGAGGUAGCAGACAAAUGCUGGUGCUCCCACUGACCUUGUAGACACCUGCCCGUCAAGAAUCGCCAGUGCACACUACGUGCACUCACUGUUCAAUGUUUGCAAAAAAAAAAAUAUUUGGUUUAAUUUUCAGAAUCAUGUUGUCUUAUCUAGACUGAAAUCUGAAAAACUAUAAUUGUUUUGCAUUAUAUAAAAUUAUUUUUUACAGUGCUGAGCAUAUAUAUUCAAAUUCUAUUGGAUUUCAAAAAGUGUCUAAAAACUAAUUGACUUACUAUAAAAUAUGAACUUGUUAGAACAUUCAAUGAAGUCUUUUGCUGUUUAUACUUUAUUUUUUGCUUUAGUAAAUGUGUACAUUUAGUUUUUUAAAAGGCACCAUUACAUACUAUAGCCUACAUUGAUCACAUUUCUUAAAGUGUUAAGAUUCUAUAACUCAUUUGUAUGUAUUUUUCUUACUUUACAAAAUAACUUGAAACAGUAUAGAUUUUGUAAUCUUAGUUUGAGCAGCUUUUUUUUAUUACAUUGGAAGUGCACAUUACCUUAGAAAAAUUAAUAUUUGCAGCUUUACUCUUUUGCAAAACCUUUGCUGUAACAAAGGAAUUUGUAUCUCCAAUAUGUAUCUUGAUUGCAUUUUGUAAUAUUUCCUGCUUAAUUCCUAAUUCUGCUUUAAAGUAUUGAACUGGGCAUGAAGUAUUCAAAUAAUAAUCCAGAACCUGUAUGAACUGGAUGUUGCUUAAAAAUCUGUAUCACUGCCAUGUUGGAAACCCAGGCUGCUUUUGUGAUGUUUCAAAUUAAUAAAACUCUCCUCCUUAUCCA